AAAAAAUGGAGAUGAAAAAAAACUAAACACAAACUGGUUAUGCAAAAAAAUAAAAUCACAAAGCUUCAUUAAAAAUUUCCCCUAACGGAAAUUAAUACCACCACAAUUCGAGCAGCAUUCAAAAUUUCGAGCUCGAGAAAAUAUCCCUAAUGUUUACUAAAGAAAAAAAAGCGUCCCCUUUUUCCCUCACACACACACACACACAUCCGUUAACUGUCAUUUUGCCUGGUGUUACAAUACAGCGUGAAAAUGUGCCGGAAAAGCGCAUGCGUUUGAUUCCAACGGAAAGAAGGAAGGAGAACGAAAGCUUCCGUUCCUUGCCGAUUCAUUCAGCGUCGUUAGCAUUCAUCUACGCUGGCUGGUGGCGUCAUUCUGGUGGACACUGUCAGUUGAGUCGGAUGGGAAAGCUUUAAAGAGCCUUGCGUCCAUCAUUGCACCCAUUGGCAGCAUCUGUAGCGUGCGUGCGUGUGUGUGUGUCGCUCACAGUAAUUUCACCCUCGCCAUAGGGAGGAAAAUUUUGUGCGUGCUAUUUUCGUUCACUGUUUAGUUCGUUAUAUUAGUGCUCUUGCCUAAAAAGAGCCAACCUAAUCUCCCUAACCACCAUUUUCCUGUUGGAUCGGUUGAGUAAAAGCUUGCAAAGAUUGCAACAGCAAUAGAAAUUACAGCUAUGCCUGAAGUGUUACCACUUUCUGGCAUGGCUGACGCCGAGCCGGACCUCUCGACGUUCGAGAACAAGUCCGGGCUGGCGGAGGACAUGAAAUUUCUCGCCUCGAUGCCGGAACUGUGCGACGUGACGUUUCUGGUGGGAGAAACGCGCGAACCGGUCUGUGCGGUGAAAGCAGUACUGGCCGCCCGGUCACGUGUCUUCCAGAAGAUGCUCUACCAGGCUCCAUCACCGCAGCGCAAAAAGGAGCCGCCACCGCGCGAAAACAAACUGCGACUCUUUCUGAAGCGAUCCUCGGAACCGCUGUUGAAUCUACAGAAUGCGGCACAACAGCCGGCAGGUCAACAGCAUCAGACGCUUAUUAUUGAAGAGUUUGAACCGGACGUAUUUCGGCAGCUGAUUGAAUACAUUCACACCGGUUGUGUGACGCUGCAGCCACGCACCCUGCUCGGUGUGAUGAAUGCUGCCGACUAUUAUGGGCUCGAGGAGCUAAGGCGAGCUUGUGGUGGGUUCGUGCAGUGUUGCAUUAACGUGGAUACCGUGUGUGCGCUGCUAGCGUCGGCCGAGCGAUACAUCCAGUACAAGUGUACCAAGAGCUUGGUACAGAAGGUGCUCGAGUUUGUCGACGAGCAUGGUAAUGAGGUGCUGAAUCUGGGUAGCUUCACACUGCUGCCCCAGCACGUCGUACGGCUGAUACUGGCCCGGGAAGAGCUGCGUGCGGAUGAGUUCACCAAGUUUCAGGCGGCACUGAUGUGGAGCAAGAAGUACUGCGACUCCAACCAGAACACCCCGCUGAAGGAGGUGAUUGGGAACUUUCUGGAGUACAUACAGUUUCACAAGAUUCCGGCAAACGUGCUGAUGCGUGAGGUACACCCGCUCGGUCUGGUGCCAUAUUCCAUCAUCAUGAACGCGCUGGCGUACCAGGCAGACCCAGCAAGUGUGGACCCCGGAAAGCUCUCCCCCAACUCCAGCCGACACCAUCACCACAGCCAGCAUCUUCACCAGCCGAACAGUGGCGGUGGUUCGAGCAGUUCCCGCUCGCUGCCCAAAAUACGGAAGGCUAAGUCGCAGAGCUUCCGGACACGCCGCAGUCCUUCGGAGCGCAGCUCGAAGGGUGGCCACAUAUCGCCGUGGAAUUUUAGUACGCAACUCAGCACCGGUACCAGUACGCAGCAGCCACAGCAGCUAGCCAAAUCUCCAGUCGGUAGUAUGACUCAUCUGGAACAGCACCGCAGCUCGAUCAGUUCAGCCAAGAGUCCGUGUCUGUCACGCCAGGGUACGCUGCGUUCAUCGCACCGACGUAAAAGCAGUCUCGGUGCAUCGCUCAACCUGAGCCAGGGUCGUCGCAGUCCGAUCAGCAUGCUGAACGAUCGAAGUCCAUCCGGACGGCCAAAAAGUCCGAACCUACUCAUCACCGAUCAAGCGUAUGCGUCCAGUUUCGAUCGACGGUCACCGACGGCAAUGUCCUUCUCGGGACGCCGCAGCCCAUCUGGGCUACGGUCACCUUCCGGUGGUCUCCGAUCACCUUCCGGACGUCGCAGCCCGCUCGGGUUCAACCUACAGUCGGAAUACUCGGAUCUGCUGCAAAGCCAGCAGGACCGAUUCAGCCCCAACUCACUCAGCAGCCACCAGUCGGCAAGUGGACCGGAUCGGCGUACAAGCCCAACCAUCCAUCUACCUCCAGAGCGUAGUCGCAGUCCGGUCGGGUUCGGGUCCCGACUCGGUGGCAGCCUGUACGGUCCAGGUUCGGAAUCACGCUCGGCCCGCACCAGCCCUACUACUCUAGGUAACAUUCCACCGAUCACCAUCUCCAAUCCUUCAGAGACGUACGAGAUCGUACAGAAGUCUAUCGAAACGAAUCAACAGCAGCGUAGCCCCAAGAGUCCAAAGAGUCCCAAAAGCCCAAUGAAAGCUGACCCGGGUGCAGUGCCAGAAAAGAAAGAGAAAACGAGCGUCAUGAAGGAGAUACUAGCGUUCGUGCGCAAACCUUCAAAGAAGGUAACGACACGGACGAGCAAAUUUGCAGCCGCCUUCACUCGCACCGAAUCUACCACCGGAGCACCUUUGCUGCGUCAGAGCACAUUUUCCAGCAUUCAGAACUCAUCCAGCUGUGCGGGACGGAAUGCGAUCACUAAGCAAAUGUCGGAGAUUGCUUUCGAACCGAUCAUGUCUUCGCUCAAGUGGAAGAACGUUGGAUCUAAAAUGUCGCUAAAAUCACUCAAAAAGCUUUCCCAAGGUAUGAGCGUUACUUCGGACGGUCGCUCACGGGAUAAGCGUUCCAGUGGCGAUGAGGUGAGCGAUGUCGAAAGUAGCGAUGGAACAGCUGCAGCAUGCGCAGCAGCAGGCAUGCCUGGCGGAUCGGAAGGUGUGUCUGAAGUGCUUGAGAGUGUCCAUUUCGAGAAGGUCGGCGAAGCAUACAUCAAACAUGAUCAGAUACGGGAAGAGGAAAGCCCCAGAGGUUCACAGGAUAGUGCGGCUGGUAGUGAUGACGAAGAGCGAAAUGCUGCUGACAGUGGCCGUUUAAGGGUGACAGCUGUCAGUGAGAUAAAGAAAUCUUUGGAAGCUCUUUUUACACGCCAAGAACCGAUCGAUGAAGCGGGUGAAACAGGGACAAACCGGGAACCGGACGCUAUCCAGUGCCCAACGUUUGAAAUUGAGCCACCGUCGCGAAGAGCUUCGUUUGAUCCACCACGAUCACCGUUUUUGGAGAAUCUGCGCAGUCUUAGUGACACCGAUCAUGAGGGCACUCAUCACAGUCGGUUAGAUUCGGGUGGAGAUAGUUUCGAGAUGAUCGACACCACCGAUCGAAUGCCGGGUUCCAGUGUGUCUGGCGAUCGGCACUCCUCAAUGGACACCAGCUUCGACAUCUCGCGCUAUCAAUCAACUAGCUACGAGGAUCAGAACUCAAGCUUUGAGCUGGUAGAGCUGGACAACUCCCAGCGUGGUGAUAAAACGCUCUCCCCGUUUGACAUUCGCAAAUCGUCGAUCGAGUUGGUUGAUGCAGAAACCUUCCAACGUUCCGGCUAUCCCGAAGGUCGCAAGUCUUCGCUCGAAACGCAUUUCGACUUGGCCGACAGCUAUCAACAGCAUCACCAGCAACGCUCCGCUAGUCCCCGGUCGGCGUUUUCAGUCAUCUCUAGCUCGCGAGCACCUACCCGUAAGCAGAUCUCUGAACCGGGGCGCUGUCGGGACUCACUGCCAAGAUCGGGAACAGGACCAUCCACCAGCACCGGAAUGAAAACCCACUACUCAGCACCUCAUCGUGCCAAGUCGCCACUCUCCAACCAGACCUCGUCUAACUUUAGCUCCCGCGACAGCUACGACUCUAUCUUUGAAUCUACCGGCCCACCACCACACUACCACUCGCAGCAGCGAAGCCCGUAUUCAUCUUCCGACCCGAAGCAACACUUUCCCCUACCACCUCGCAAAUCGUCCAACGAGUCGCCCCGCUUUCUCUGUACCGAUAAGCGUUGCGCCGCCAUCUUCGAACCGAGACCAUCGAUCGGUUCGGUCGGGCAGGUCGGUACGGGUAUGGCGGGUGCGGCGACGGGUCGGCUGUCUUCCUGCUACCUGGACACCUCGAGCGGCAGCGAGUUUGAACCUCCGUCACCGCGCCGUGCCGCCAGUGCCUCACCCAAGCACACCUUCACCUUCCGGAUCGUGCUGAAAAAGGUGGACAGCUCGCCGGACGCUAUCUGCCCGUCGGCCGAACGGCGUCAGCUACGCGAAAAGGCCGAAAGCCGUCAUAAACGGCGCGACAGUCGCCGGAAGAAGCUGCUCGAAAUAGGGAAAAGUUUCUAAGCCGGGAACGUAAACGAGAUCCUCAGAACCAGCGGGUUGGAUCUCACACUCAACGAAGGAAUUGCGUUCUGGUUUUGCGUUUUAAGCACCUUUGUUUCAUUUGCGUUCGGGUUUUUUGCACCACGAUAGUAAUCUUUCAAUUUGAAGAAGAAAAACUGUUCGAGCAGUGCAGUUUAUAACUUUUUGUUUACAGACACUUUUAAUGCUUCUACUUGAUUUAUACUUUAACACUUUAUUAUGCAUUACCGGGAGAUCUGAAUACUUCAUCAAUGACUACUCACAGGUCAAUAAGAAAGGAAAAUAAUUACAUUUUGCAAACAUUUAAUACACUCUAGCCGUCGUUUUUUGCAUGUAUUUCCAAGUCCAAUUCAAUCAUAUCAAUAAUCGAUCGAUUUCCCGUUUGAAUAUGCGAAUAGCAAUUGCAAUCUUCCCAACGUGUGAAACCCCCAUAUGUAAUAAUUCAAAACACAAAGAACCAGUUCCGGAUAUUAAGAACGUUUUUAAAAUCUCCAUCUUGUAUGACGACACACAUACACGCAUUCCUUACAAACGACAAAGUGUUCAAAUAAUGUAUUACAACAAGCUGAAACAUACUGAAGUGAAACGAAUUGUGUAAGAGAACUAAGCUGUACCGUUACCGUUCCUCCUCAGGUGUAAUUCAUAAUCGUGUAGGAAUAUGGACAGAAGGCUAGCAAACUGUCAAAAUUGUUAUAAUGAAAU